CGUUAAAAAUUGUUUAAAGCAAAAUGAACAAGAAUAUUUUAUUUUAUCAAAUUAAUAAUAAAAAAUUUCUAUGUUUUUAAAUAAUAAACCGUGUUAUUCUUUUUUGAUGAAUGAAGUAAGUAUUUUUGAUGUCCCACCAAGUGCGGUAAAAAGUGUGAAAAGGGUAAAAAAGUUGGAAGAACUCAGGCAGCAUUGGUGGAAAGUCCCCAAUGCGGCGGAGUUCGACGCCGAGGGAUGAUGGGGAGCAACAACCUAAACGCUGUGUUCUACGCCAAGGAGUACCACCCGAUUCAGUCCGGCAGCAUCGACGGCACCGAUAUUCUUCCCCACGACAGCGCUGUUUACCGGGCACUUCUCUGCUCCAAUGCCGCCCUCUAUGAUCCUUUCGGAGACCCCAAAGCUCGCGGCGAUCCUUACUGCACUCUCUUCGUGGGCCGCCUCUCUCGCUUCACCACCGAAGACACGCUUCGCGAGGUGAUGAGCAGAUAUGGAAGGGUGAAGAACUUGAGAUUAGUCAGACACAUUGUAACAGGUGCUUCAUGUGGUUAUGCCUUUGUUGAAUUUGAAACAGAUCGUGAGAUGCGUCGGGCAUACAAGGAUGCACACCACAAGAUCGUCGAUGAUUCUGAAAUCAUAGUUGAUUACAAUAGGCAGCGAUUGAUGCCAGGAUGGAUUCCAAGAAGGCUAGGAGGUGGACUUGGUGGCAAAAAAGAAUCUGGACAACUUCGAUUUGGAGGCCGUGAGAGGCCAUUUCGUGCCCCAUUGCGACAGAUUCCCUAUGAUGACCUGAAAAGGCUAGGAAUACAGCCUCCACCAGAGGGACGAUACAUGUCCCGCUUUCAGGAUCCAUCACCACCUAGAAGAGAAAGGAUCUCUGGAGACAGCGAAGAUUCCCCCCUUCACAGCUACAAACAGAACAAGAGGGUUCAUCAGCACGAGAUGCCACCCAAUCAGGAACAUGAUUCCAGCAGACACAAGCAUUCCACAAGCAUAGAAGACACAUCUCAGAAGAACCAAAAGCGCCGCAGGAGAGGAAGAAGAUCCUCCAGCCCUGAUUUGUCUUCUGAAGGGAGGAGGAGUUCAAGGGACAGGGAAGAGCGCCCCUCUCUCCAUCACCGUAACCAAAGUCGGCAUAGCAGCCAGCGGUCCCCUCUUCAUGACCGCUCGUCUGUUGAGAGCUCGAUUCACAGGGACGAACUUCGUUCUGUGCACAGGUCCCCAUCACAUCAUCAUGACAGGUGGUCACCAGGCAAGAAGAGGAAGAAGUCUCCUGUUGGUUAGGUAAAAUUGCAAUUUCUGUCAAAUUUUUCUAUAACAGUCAUCAUCUAUACUUGUAGUUUGUACCCAAAACUUAAGACUUGACUUUUUGAAAAUGACAAAGACUCUUUAAUAUUCCAUAUUUACUGCUUAGGGCACAAAAAAAUGAAUCACAAGUUUAAACAUUUUAUCAUCGUGCCAAGAAGUUAGAAUCUCUGGAAAACAAGCUACAAUUGUCAAAUUUUUUUCCCAUUAACUCAAGAAAAUACAUGUACAAUU